UUAAAAUAUUAAAAUUAUCAUUCAUGACCAAAUACUACGUUAAAAAAUUUUGAGUUCUUUUGUUUAUGGUUUUUCUGAUAUAAAGUUUUUCUUGGGACUUGUUUGUUUUCUCUGAUUCUGUAAAACUAGAGAAAUUUUUGGGAUAGAAGAUGAGAACCCGAUCAAAAGGAACCUCUUCAAAAUCAAAAGUUGGGUCUUCACAGCCUUCAGAAAAGUCUUCCAAGCGUAAAAGAGGAGCCUCUCAAAAAGAUUAUGGUAAUGAUCAGAAAAGGAAAAGAACCAAGUCUGAUUCAGAUACCUCUCGCCUUUAUCCUUCUACACAGAGUCAUAUUGAGGCUUGUGUUAGUCUCAAAGGUGAACAGGUAGCUGCAAAAGUCACCCCGGAUGGUGAGAGGGAUGAGUGGUUUGUUGUAAAAAUGAUCAAUUUUGAUGAGAAAACAAAAGAAUUUGAAGUACUUGAUGAGGAACCAGGUGAUGACGAAGAUAGCAGUGACCAAAGGAAGUACAAGCUACCUGCAUCUUGCAUUAUGCCUUUCCCCAAGUGGAAUGAUCCUUCCAGUACUCAAGAAUUCCCCGCUGGAAGACAUGUUUUGGCCGUCUAUCCAGGAACAACUGCACUCUAUAAGGCAACUGUCAUUAGUACUCCUCGAAAGAGGAAAUCAGAUGAUUAUUUACUGGAAUUCGAUGAUGAUGAGGAAGACGGAGCCUUGCCUCAGAGGACUGUACCCUUUCACAAGGUGCUUCCCUUGCCUGAAGGAUACCGGCAAUGAGAUAUGUCUAUAACUGUGUGUUUAAACAUGUUCUUGGU